UCCAACUCCGGCCGCUAGGAAUUUGAAACCGUGAAGCGUUUUUCGUUCAUUUAACAAGUGAAGAACUAGAGGAGAGCUCGAAACCAAAAAUAACAAGACAGAGAGAGAAGGGUGUCAUACAUGAGAAUGGAGAUUAUGUUUUGAGAAAAUUAAGAAAGGUAUCAAAGUUAGUGUGCUCAGCUAAAUUAAGAGCUUUCUGUAUUAUCAGGGUUUGCAGCUCUGCUUUCUCACAUGGCUUCGCUAAGUGAAUUGCCAGCUUUGAGAAAUUAUAGCAAGCCUUUUGGAAUUCGUUUCCUAGAAUACAUUAAGAAAGGAAAGCUUUCCUAUAAAACUCAUCAAGCAAUUGUGUUGAUCGUAACAUUUUUGGCUUACACUUGCUACCAUGCGACAAGGAAAACAACAAGCAUUGUGAAGAGUGCUCUCGAUCCUCAAUCACCUGAUGUAGGCUUGAGGUUCCCAUGGAGGAUGACAUACCUCAGUUCACCUGCUGAAAAAAAAAGAUUUUCUUGGGUUUUAGGAGACGGUUGGGCACCAUUUAAUGGAUCCGAUGGUUCGGCCUUGCUCGGUGAACUAGACGUGGCUUUCCUCUCGGUAUAUGCUUUAGGAAUGUACUUUUCCGGUCACUUAGGUGACAGGAUGAAUUUAAGGGUCUUUUUGACAGUAGGAAUGGUUGGAACUGGCUUGUUUACUUCACUAUUUGGUGUUGGGUACUGGGCUAAAAUCCACAGUUUUUACUAUUUCCUUAUAGUACAAAUGAUUGCUGGUUUAUUUCAAUCAACGGGAUGGCCCUCAGUUGUUGCAGUGGUGGGUAACUGGUUUGGGAAGAAAAAGAGAGGUUUGAUUAUGGGCAUAUGGAAUGCUCACACAUCUGUUGGGAACAUUGCUGGUUCAUUGAUUGCUUCAGCACUGUUGAGUUAUGGAUGGGGUUGGUCCUUUGUUGUGCCUGGUCUGCUCAUUGCUUUCGUGGGCUUGUUGGUUUUCCUUUUUCUGCCUGUCAGCCCCGAAUCGGUCGGAGCUGAUAAAGAAGAAGAUGAAGUGGGUUCUCCUAGGAAGAUCGGAGAGGGAGUAACAGAGCCUCUAUUAGGCUCAGAUGCUGAGAUCAAGGAAACAGCCGUGGGGUUCAUUGAAGCUUGGAAAAUCCCUGGGGUUGCUCCUUUUGCUUUUUGCCUCUUCUUUGCCAAAUUGGUCGCUUACACAUUUCUCUAUUGGCUCCCAUACUACAUUAGCCAUACAGCGAUCGAGGGAAAAUAUUUAUCGAGUGAGACAGCAGGAAACUUGUCAACAUUCUUUGAUAUUGGAGGGGUUCUCGGAGGAAUCUUAGCCGGACACAUUUCGGAUCGCCUAGAUGCCAGAGCCAUAACAGCAGCAACUUUCAUGUACUGCGCGAUCCCUGCUCUCUAUUUCUAUCGUACUUACGGGCACAUUUCCUUGGUAAUGAACAUAGCCCUCAUGUUCAUUUGCGGCAUGUUUGUAAAUGGUCCCUAUGCUCUCAUAACAACCGCUGUGUCGGCCGACCUGGGAACGCACAGUUCGUUAAGGGGGAACUCAAAGGCAUUGGCAACCGUGACAGCAAUCAUAGAUGGAACAGGUUCAGUUGGUGCUGCAAUUGGACCACUUCUAACUGGCUACAUUUCUGCCAAGAGCUGGAGUGCGGUUUUCAUGAUGCUCAUGGGAGCAGCUCUAGUUGCAGGGCUGUUGUUGACAAGGUUAUUGGUGGCUGAGGUGGUUGCAAGGAUUUCUGAAUCAAGGUCCCAAGCAGGAGGAUCCCAACCAACAUCUCAAGAUGAAGAACUGGGUGUAUGAUUUUAUUUGUAGAAGCUCCAACUGUAUAAAGCGUGUGUGAUUUUUCAUAAUCAGUCUUUGCUCAUGGAUAGAACAUGAAGGGGGAAGAUCCUUUGAUUAUGGCCUUGGGGAAGCCAAGGUUUUUGUGGCAAUUCUCCGUGAUUAACAUGGGCGAUAAAAGAAAGGGCAGGGAGAGAGGAAGCUCCGUGCCCAAUUUGUAUAUGUACAUUUUGAACGCUGUGCCUUGUUUUAAGCAGUCAUCAUCAUUGCUUAUUCACAGCUUCUAUUUCUAUCUGAACGAGGAAGAGGCACUUACGGUUAAAAAUAGUAAAAAUAACUAAAUAAGGGUAAAUUACACCAUUAGUCGCUAAAUUAUAAGUAAGUUUUCAUUUAGUCACUUAAUUAAAGAAAGUUAUAAUUUGAUCA